AUGGAGGACCAUUUCUCAGAAGACUACUUCGAGUUCGACUACAGCUACCCCCUCUACAACUACACCUUCGACCACGGCAACUUCUCUUACUUCCUCAAAGAUCACUCUUGGGACGUCAUCAUCUACAACGUAGUUGCUCCCGUCAUGCAGUGCGCCAUAGGCAUCACGGGAUUGGUCGGCAACGGCCUGAUCAUGUACGUCAUCUUCAAGUACGCGUCCAUGAAGACCGCGGCGAACGUCUACGUCUUGAACUUGGCAGUGGCUGACUUUGUCUACUGUCUCACCUUUCCCAUCUGGACUAUAGACUACAUCCUGAGGAUGUGGAUAUUCGGGAGAGCCAUGUGCAAGAUCGUGCGCUCAAUCUUCAACAUCAACACCUUCGCUAGCAUCUACAUCUUGACCAUGAUGAGCAUAGAGAGGAACUCGGCCGUGCUGCAUCCCGUGCGGAACCGGACAGACCGGUCCCUGAAGAAGGCGAAGAUCAUCUGCGGAAGUAUCUGGGUGUUCGCGCUUCUCUGCUGCCUGCCGUAUAUUAUCUUUGCUGAUACAGUCGACUUCGGAGGCGUGCCGGUAUGCCUGUUCAACUGGCACGGCAGUGCAGAGACCAAGGAAUGGUGGCGCAGCGUCAACGCCAUCUACCUGCUCGCCAUGACCUUCCUCGUGCCGCUGUGCGUCAUGAUCCCCAACUACGUGCUCAUCUACCGCAAGCUGCUCAACACGGACGUCAUCCCGCCCGAGUUCAGGCGUGCCGUGCGAUCACGUCACCGCGUCACCCGCAUGGUCAUCGUGGUCGUGCUCACCUUCAUCGUCUGCUGGCUACCCCUGCACAUUGGGAAUGUCAUCAGGUUCGUGGCGGGCCAUAACGUGAACGCCACCGUCUGGUACUUUCUCAACGUCAUCGCUGACGUCAACACGUGCGUCAACCCGUUCCUGUACGCGCUGCACGGAGAGAACUUCCGCAUGACGCUCAAGCGAACACUCUGCGGGUCCAAGUGUUGUCCGAAACGAUUCCGACCACGUAACGACGAGAUGUUCUCCAUGCACUUCAACAGCCGGCGCUCCACGGCCGCCACCCCCAUCGAGCUUUCCAAGAAAGACCGCCAGGGUGUCCUAGUCACUCCCAUCGAGCUGUACACCGUCCGCACUAUCCACAGUCUGGAGUGGCCCAGUAGGACACCACCCACCUUCAGGACCACCGUGCGCAGGGCAAACAACGACAGCGUGUACAUCUUUUAA